CAUUAAUCUGCAAAAUAACGGGAACCUAAUUUCGGGAAUCAAAUGGCUACGACCAAAUAGUGGAUCAUCACAAAUGGUGAUAUUUUGUAACACAGCAAAUGAUCAGUGCAUUGCAACUGGUGGUGUAACUGACUACAGUGUUUCCAUUGACUCGCCUACACAGCAUACUCUUACUAUAGCCUCAUUCAACUCUUCAGUAGAUGCUGGUUUAUGGAUUUGUUGGGAUGGAGGAACAGGAGAUGGCCAAGUUAGUUGUGAAAAAAAAGUUGGAAUUCCCAGUCCAGAGAGUCAGGUUUCGCAAUCGACCAUUAUCAUAAUAGCAGUGGUUGCUGUUCUACUGGUCGUCGCUAUUGCAGUAUCUUGGUUCUGUUACAAGAGAAUGAAGCAGCAACCAAAAUCUGAGGAAGAGCAAACUGGAAACAAAACUCAAGAGGCUGAAGAUGAAAAGGGCCAACAUAACAAAUGACAAUAUUAAUCAAUUGUGAAGUUAUUUUAAUGGAGUCCAUCAAGUAUUUGACCAAUUAAUUGAGUACACGUUUUAUGAUCCAGUACUGUUUUCCACUAGUGUUUUUUUUAAAUUAAUGGAUCCAUCAACCAUUUGACCGAUAAAUUAUGUACACGUUUUUAUGAUCGAGUACAAUUUGUUAUGCUAGUAACCAUUGUUGUACUACCCACAUGAUCCAUUUGUCUAACUGAGGGAGUACACUUUUCAAGAUCAAGUACAACACAAAAUAUUUCAAGUUGUUUCUCUUGUAGUUCUCUGGUGGUCAAUGCACUAACAAAUGUAGUCCGUGGUUUUUUUAAUUACUCUUUAUUCCAACAUUGCAAUAAACAAUGUCUUUAAAAUAUAGCAGGGGUUCAAAUACUAUUACAGAGAAUUGGGUGCCAACUGGUGACAAUGAUGAGUUAAGUUGAGGCUUAGUUAGGAACCACAGGUUAAUAACAUUAUAUUAGAGAGAAUCAGAUGCCAACUGGUGACCAUGAUGAGGCCUAGUUAGGAACCAUAGGUGAUCAACACUACUAUUUUAAGGGGUAUACUCAAAAACCUGUAUAUUAUUUCAACACCUGCACAGAUCACGCGUUCUGUGUAAUUAUUAUAUUAUUUAUAUGAACAAAUAAAUAGUUGCGCACGUGCGUGUGUGUGUCUAUGUGUGUGAGAGAGAGAGAGAGAGAGAGAGAGAGAGAGAGAGAGAGAGAGAGAGAGAGAGAGAGAGAGAGAGAGAGAGAGAGAGAGAGAGAGAGAGAGAGAGUGUGUGUGUGUGUGUGUGUGUGUGUGUGUGUAAUCGACCAUCUUCACAUUAGUGGAGCCCAACUGAUUAAUUGUCAACUAUAAUCGAGCAUUAGCAGUAGCAGGGGUGGAAUGUUGAUCUUGUAAAUAGAACAUCACAAAAUUCUAAAAAGGGCAUGUUGGAAUUUCUUAAAGGCUAAUAAUCCCAGCUCAAAAAGGAAGCGAAAGCUAUUCAGUGGUUCGCAUAUAUGCUAUUCAGAGAUUUUAAAAAUAAAUAUGCUUUCAGGGCAAUUUAAUGUUGUAUUUUGUGCAUGAUGAAUUUCUUUUUUAAGUUAUUAAAAAGGGUAGUACAAAUGGGUGGGCGAUGUUGUUCAUGUGACUCCCAGUGGAUCCGCCAAUGACUGAAACAUCACUAACUAAUAAUGAUCCAUACAAUUAAUGAAUUAUCAUCUACUAGUGACACAUUGGAGACUUAGCUAGUAGAGCUCUCUGGACUGAUAGGUCUCUUAGGAUAUUUUAAGGUGCAAAUGAAUGAAUUAUCAUCUACUAGUGACACAUCUGACAAUUAACUAUGUGGACUUCUAGUCGUCUUGUUUUUGUCUGGUAAUUAUAGUAGAAACAAAUUAUGGUAUUGUAGUAAUGUAUGUAAUCAUGUAUGUGGUGUGCUUUCAAGGUUCGUACGGUCAUGGAAAGUCGUGGAACUUGAUAACUAAUCUUCUUAUGCCUGGAACGUUAUGGAAUUUAAAACAUGCUCAAAAUGGUUCGAACAAAGGCUAUAGAUUUUCGAAGCUAUCUUAGCGCUACGAUAUAGUAAAGCCGUCGUAAGCUAUGACCAUAGACGUACUCCCAUUUUUGUGCGGGCGUGGAG